GAGAGGUGCUGAGGUUGGGGUGGGUCUUUUAAGAAUUCUGCAUCUGACCUCAUGGCCUCUUUUUCUCCUGCUAGUUCUACCUCUGAGAACUCUGCUUCUCUACUCAAGGAAUCUCCAGCUGACUAGUUGUUGAAUUUUAAACCAUGGCCCGUGGAUCUGUAAUAUUCAGUGAUGUGUCCGUACAUUUCUCCCAAGAGGAGUGGGAAUCCCUGGACUUGGUACAGAGGGACUUGUAUAGAGAUGUAAUGUUGGAGAACUACAGCAAUUUGGUUUCACUGGGAGACUUUAUUUCUAAACCAGAUGUUAUUUCCUUAUUGGAGCAAGGGCAAGAGCCCUGGAAAAUUGUGAGGAAAGGAAGAAGAUAUUCAGAUUGGGAGACCUGGUGUGAGACCAAGAAUUUAACUUCAGAAAAUGACAUUUACGAAAUAAACUUAUCUCAGUGGGAGAUAAUGGAAAGAAUUGAAAACCAUAGCCUGAAGGGCCUCAUUUUAAGAAGUGAUUGGAAAGCCAAAAGAAAAUCUGAAGGACAAGAGGAAUAUUUUAGUCAAAUAAAAAUGACAUCUCAAAAAUUGUCCUCUUAUCAAAAACAUACAUCUCUUGGUACACAUGAGAUCAUUCAUUUCGUCGAGAAACCCUAUGUAUGUAAGGAAUGUGGGAAGGCCUUUAGAGUCCGCCAGCAACUUACUUUUCAUCACAGAAUUCAUACUGGGGAGAAACCCUAUGAAUGUAAGGAGUGUGGGAUGGCUUUUCGACAAACAGCACAUCUCACUCGACAUAAAAGACUUCAUUCUGGUGAAAAACUCUAUGAGUGCAAGGAAUGUGGAGAGUCUUUCAUGGGUGGCCCAGAUCUUCGAGGACAUCAGAAAGUGCACGUUGGGGAGAAGCCCUAUGACUGUAAGGAGUGCGGGAAGGCCUUCAGAGUGCGUGGGCAACUUACUCUCCAUCAGAGGAUACAUACGGGCGAGAAGCCCUACAUAUGUACAGAAUGCGGGAAGGCCUUUCGACAGUACGCGCACCUUACCCGCCAUCAAAAGCUUAAUAGCGCUGAAAAGCUCUAUGAGUGUAAAGAAUGUGCAAGGAUCUUUUUGUGUGGCUCUGGCCUUAGGGCACAUCACAAACUUCACACUGGUGAGAAACCCUAUGAAUGUAAGGAAUGUGGGAAGGCCUUUAGAGUGCGACAACAGCUAACACUCCACCAGAGAACUCAUACGGGGGAGAAACCCUAUGAGUGUAAGGACUGUGGAAAAACCUUUAGCCGUGGCUAUCAUCUUAUUCUUCAUCACAGAAUUCAUACUGGUGAGAAGCCUUAUGAAUGUAAAGAAUGCUGGAAGGCCUUCAGUCGUUACUCUCAACUUAUUUCCCAUCAGAGUGUUCAUGUCGGUGUUAAACCCUAUGACUGUAAAGAAUGUGGGAAAGCCUUUAGGUUAUUCUCACAACUCACACAGCAUCAGAGUAUUCAUAUUGGUGAAAAACCUUAUAUCUGUAAGGAAUGUGGGAAAGCCUUCAGAUUGCGGCAAAAACUUACCCUUCACCAGAGUAUUCAUACUGGUGAAAAACCCUUUGAAUGCAAGGAAUGUAAGAAAGCCUUUAGACUUAAUUCAUCUCUUAUUCAGCACCUGAGAAUCCAUUCUGGAGAGAAACCCUAUGAAUGUAAGGAAUGUAAGAAGGCCUUUAGACAACAUUCACACUUGACCCAUCAUUCGAAGAUUCAUAAAGUAAAAAGUUCUGUGCUGUAGAAAAAAUUUGAGUGUAAUACUUAAUUCCCUUUGCUUCAUACAUGAAACUGAGGGUUACAUAAGCUAAUUUACUUUAGAGAAUGUGUUGA